AGCUCUCGUGUUUUUUGUGACGUAGCUGUCUGUUCUUACUUCCUAAAUUACGAUUGAUUCGUGUUGCAUAUGUAUAUGUUUAGUAUUAGAUGAAAUAUUAUUGCCUAUACCCUUUCCAUAUUUAUUCCUGUUGUUAUGGGCUAUUGAAUAAAGCAACUAGAGCAAAUUUUAUAUGUGCCCUCCCUUCAAGAUUGUGACGUCAUUGAAACUCUAAACAAAUUAUAGGUAUGUCCAAAAACAAGUUGAACCUCACCCUUCCAUCAAUAGCAGCAAAUGUGAACGGACCCGAUGCCACCAGCCCUCCCAACAAGACACCUUCCGACCCCGCGGUACACGCCAGCGUCGUGAGCGGCGCCUACUCUGAGGAUGUGAUCGCCAAGAUGCAGCAGAUGCAGCUGGAUGACACCACGCGUCGCCGGCUGGAGAGCUUCCUGGAGCAGAAGCAGCGCGUCGGGGGUCUGCUGCAAGCGGAGGACCUCGAGAAGCUGGGAGAGCUCGGCGCCGGGAACGGAGGUGUGGUCAUCAAGGUGCGACACAAGCCCACCGGCAUCAUCAUGGCCAGGAAGUUGAUUCACCUGGAGGUAAAGCCGGCCAUCAAGAACCAGAUUAUGCGCGAGUUGGAGGUACUCAAUCAGUGCUUUUCACCGCAAAUUGUCGGCUUCUUCGGCUCCUUCUACAGUGAUGGUGAACUCAGUAUAGCUAUGGAAUACAUGGACGGUGGAUCGUUGGACCUGGUGCUGAAACAGAUCGACCGAAUCCCGGAGAAAAUUCUGGCCAAAAUCACAUCGGAGGUGCUGAAGGGCCUGUCGUACCUCCGCGAGCUGCACCAGAUCAUACACCGGGACGUCAAGCCGUCCAACAUCCUCAUCAACAGCCACGGCGAGAUCAAGCUGUGCGACUUCGGCGUGUCUGGACAGCUGAUUGACUCGAUGGCCAACUCGUUCGUCGGCACGCGCAGCUACAUGUCGCCGGAGCGCCUGCAGGGCAUCCAUUACUCGGUGCAGAGCGACAUCUGGUCGCUGGGCCUCUCGCUGGUGGAGAUGGCGCUGGGCCUGUACCCCAUCCCGCCGCCCGACUACGCCUCGCUGGCGCAGAAGUUUGGCGCUCAGUUCACCGAGAUCGCACCCCACCGCGUCGCCUCGCCCAUCACCAAGUCGCCCAAAUCUGCUGGCGUGGGUAACGGUCGUCAGCUGGCCAUCUUUGACCUGCUGGAGCACAUUGUCAACGAGCCGCCGCCGCGGCUCCCGCAGGGUCUGUUCAGCGACGAGUUCGUGGCCUUCGUGGACAGCUGCCUGAAAAAGAACCCCGACGAGCGGGCCGACCUCAAGUCGCUUAUCGUUCAUCCAUGGAUCGUUCAGGCGGAGCAGGAUAACGUCGAUAUUGCCGGCUGGAUCUGCAAGACCAUGAACCUGACGCCCACCUCCGCCACGCUGAAACCCAAAUAGCGACCGCCGCCACGCUAGGAACCUGGAACUGAAACUUACUAUCCCGGAUCAUAGGUGGCGCUGGGACGCGACUUUCCGCGAUCUGGACUUCCAGGAUGACAAAGCCUCGCUCCCCGGCUGCCUACCGCGGUACUGAUGGACCGGGUUUGCCUCUCGGAAUCGGCAAAGCUCGGGAUCAGUUGGUGCCCCGGGCAAAAACUCUUGACUUCGGCGGGAUUCGAACCCGCGGAUUCGAACUGAGCUAGUGGUCCGGUAACAUGCGCGAUGUUGCCUCGGGCGGUGGACGCUGCUUUCCCGUAUUUGUGGUAUGUGUAACCUGGAUUAUGUUGAGAGCAAAUCGAUCGCCUCUGGCAAUAAGGCUUCGUCGUCGUGCAAUCUUUGUCGGAUUGUGACCUUUCUCGACGCGAGCGAUGCGUGUCAGUUGGAUGCGGCGUGGUGUCGGCUCCGGCUCUCCCAGAUGUUCCCUUGCUGUCGCCUCGUCCUGUAGCUUCUCGUUUCAGUGGUUGUGUGUCGUGUGGAUGCUCAUUGAGUGAUGUCAUUCAUUACGAUAUGACUGAUCCUGGUGAAGGACCGUGGCUUCAUUUUUCCGUUUGCUUGCAAUGAAUCCGGCGCACCAUAGCGCUUAGUGACCAUGCCGAUGACCGAUAGUGUUUUGUCAUCAACGAAGAACAUCUGUGGAUCCUUUUGAGCUGCUCGAGUCAAGAAUCAAUAUCUAGAAUCAUGCCUGAGUUUUGCGUUUUUCCGCAUUGAGUGCCGCUUUAGGAGCGUUUUUGCGAUAUGGUCAUAAUAGCACCAGUGAUCUUUUUGCGUCGCUUUCUGUGAUGAUAUGUUGUCGGAAGUUGAGUGUGUAUCUAGCGGUGGUAGUAAGCUUUGUCAGUGAACUGUAUGCGGGGGCUUUAGAACUCUGAAUCGAGUGAACCCAGAAUGAGCAGGGUGAAAUGCCAAGAUCACUGGCACUCCAAACGGUGACUGUUGAUGUUCUGAUGUCGGUUUAUGAUCGCGGCGCCCGAUCCGUGUGCCCGUUGUAAUUGUGCUUCGCAUUUACUCGUACUUACUGAUUGUGGUAAAAAUACGCACAAAAAUGAAA